GGAAGUCAGCGGAGACACCUACCGGAGCGGCCGGCGACGGCGGACUGCCGCUGCUCACAGCUUGCCGCCGGGGGACAGGGAGGAAGGGACCCGUAGACAGGCUUGGGAAUUAAAAGCCCUGGAGAAAACGGCCCCCACGUUUCUGGGGAGCAGGAUGACCGGAGAAAGUUGAGUGACGUGAAGCAUUUUGCCAAAGCUCCGGGAAGAGCGGCAUCAGUCCUAAGAAAACCUUUGGUGUUGGAAGGACUCGACUUGGGGUCUUGUACAAGCAAGUGGACAGUGGCUUACCUGAGCCAAGCUGGAGGGACGAGAGAAGUGAAGAUUCAUGUGGCUGCAGUCCCACAGAUGGACUUCAUCAGUAAGAACUUUGUGUAUAGAACUUUACCGUUUAACAAGUUGGUCCAGAGAGCAGCCGAAGAAACACAUAAAGAAUUCUUUAUUGCAGAGGAUGAGAAAUACUACUUACGGUCACUUGGAGAAGACCCAAGGAAGGACGUUGCAGAUAUCAGACAGCAGUUUCCAUCAUUACGAGGAGAUAUUAAGUUUCCAGCAUUCUUUGAAGAGGAGCAGUUCUUUUCCAGUGUUUUUCGAAUUAGUUCACCUGGAUUGCAACUCUGGACUCACUAUGAUGUAAUGGAUAACUUUUUAAUACAAGUGACAGGAAAGAAGCGAGUUACACUCUUCAGUCCUCGAGAUGCACACUAUUUGUAUUUAUCAGGUUCUAAAUCAGAAGUGCUGGAUAUUGACAACCCUGACCUGGAUAAAUACCCACUCUUCCCUAAGGCAAGGAGGUAUGAGUGUUCCCUUGAAGCUGGUGAUGUUCUGUUCAUUCCUGCUUUAUGGUUCCAUAAUGUAAUUUCUGAGGAAUUUGGAGUGGGAGUGAAUGUCUUUUGGAAGCACCUUCCAUCAGAAUGCUAUGACAAAACAGAUACCUAUGGCAACAAAGACCCUGUAGCAGCAUCCAGAGCUGUGCAAAUCUUGGACAGAGCUUUGAAAACACUGGCUGAACUACCAGAGGAAUACAGGGACUUCUAUGCACGCCAAAUGGUCUUGCGCAUUCAAGACAAAGCCUACAGCAAGAACUUGGAGUAAAAACAUGAACUAAAUGUAGUAAAAUUUUAAAAAUAAAAAUCAGUUCCAGUGUUUGAAAAGUACGCAAGAUAUAAACAUUUAAAGAUACUUUUUAAAAGUAGGAUAAAUCAGUCUCAGAUUUAUGGUGUAAAGGAGAUACAUAUCUGAUUUCUACUUAGUACAGACUGAGAAUGCUUAGUGGAACCAUUCUUUAGCUUUAAUAUGUAAAUAACUUAAUGUAUUCAGUCACACUACGUAAAGUCUAGUGGUGGAAUGUCCUUCUUUGGUCUUUGCAGUGAUUCAGUAGCGCCACCAAAAAUGUUCACCCCACCCCCAGCCCACUCUUUGAACACAGGAUUGGUAUUAUCUUAGGUCUAGCUACCCUCGUGGUCAUGGGAUGAUUGCCAGUAGCAGCUGGGGCCUUGUGUGUCUUCAUUUGUAUGCAGUGGAGUUGUCUGGCUGGAAUCCACAGGCUCUUGUCUUACAUGAAGCCGCUUUCCAGAAUCCUCUACUAAAUUCUUAGCCUUAAUGCUCUGAAAUGGCUUAGCCCUGUCCAUCAAUGAGCCAGUCGUCAUCACAUAUAAAAUUAAACAUGAGUGGGUUGCUCUUCCUUGAGGCACAGGAAAUGUAUGAGAGAACAGGAUGGUUUAGAUAUUUAGUAAAGCUUACAGAUGCUUUGAGUUACCAGGACUAAAAAUGAGUAGAUUUAAUGAUGUGAUAGAUCAUGAGUUCUAGAAUUUAUCCACAUUAGCCCAAUAAUGUAAAUCUUUGAAGACAGUGAGCCCUGUGUGUGUGUGCGCGCACGUUAUAUUUUUUGUACCAAAUUACUCAGUGACAUCAAGAACAACUGUCUUUACUAAACAUGUGCCUAUCUAAAGUAAUCUGAGUCCAUCAAUUCAAUACAUUUUAAUUACAGAGGAAAUAGUUACUCUUGAAGGUAACUCAUUCACUCAUGCCCUGCUUAAGAAUUGGAUUAAUUUCAGACAUUAAACAAAAAAGGAAAAGUAUAUAAAAAUUAUGACUUAGACAUCUUUGGAAGAUAAACAAAUUAUUGAGGUGAGCAAAGGUUAAAUGUGUAUCGGGGAAAAUGCUUUAAUAUGCUAGCCAGGUCUAAUUAUCAGAUUUUUUAUCUUCUUAGCCUGAGCAAAGCACUUACUUAAUGACUUUAAAGGAAAGAUGUAAACCCUUAGAUCAUACAGUAUUUACUUAGCUUUGAAUAAACUAACCAGAAUCAUAUAGAGCUUUGAAUAAACUAACCAGAAACUGGUAGAGGCACUCACUAGCAUGGGUAACUGGGUUCAGAUCCCAGCACCAAAAGAGAGGGCUAUGUAGGAAAGUUGUAACUAGAACCAAAUUGACCUAAUAGAAUACUCUUGUUCAGCAGCAUAGAAGGAAACUGGAGGAUUUAUGUUUACUCUUUUCAUCUUGAAAGUAUAACUGAUAGAUUAAAACACACACCACAGAACCAGGAGGACUAGAAUACUCUUGUUCAGCAGCAUAGAAGGAAACUGGAGGAUUUAUGGUUACUCUUUUCAUCUUGAAAGUGUAACUGAUAGAUUCAAACACACACCACAGAGCCAGGAGGACUAGCACAUAAUGACUGGUGCUAGUCGCUCUAUUUCUUCUAAGACUUGUUAACUCCUCUUGAAGUAUAUUUGCAGCACUGUGAUGGAUCCUUUGAAAAGUUUUAAGAUAAUCCUGAUUUUUUUUAAAUAAAAAUAUUUUAGCCUUUUCAUUUAAGGCCAAAUGAAUAACAUAUACAUUUAACUAAUUCGUUGGAUUUAAAUUUUUUUGUUGAGUGAAUGAAUGUUAGAAAUAUAAUCACCCUGGAUUGUAUAGAUGGUUCUGGUUGAGUUGCUACAGAAACAGAUUAUAGUGAUAGAAACCAUCUUAGUCCUACCUCCUUCUUCCAGCUGAUUCGUGGCUUAACAUACUAGUUCCCUCCCAACAAAACUUGCUGUACAGCUUACUAUGUACAGACACAAAUGAAAACUAACAAGCAAUGGGAAGAUGACAGAACAUGUUACAAAAUAUGCAACCAAGGAGUCUGGCAGUUGUGAGCUGGAUGGAAUUGGUCCAGUUUAAUUACACACAAACCUUAUAACUCUGUUGCCAUUUGUACAAUGCGUGCUCUGUGCAAACGUUUACAUAGACAGAAUUAGCUCUGCUAGGUACACAACCAACCAGUGACAGCAAUUGCUGAGAUGAGGCUGAGUAGUUCCAGGAGACAUCUGUGGUUUUGUACAUUAUGUUCAAAAACACAUUUUAAAACUUAUUAGCUUUUCAUGACGCAAUAUUUUUCUUUACAUAUGACAUUGAGAGUUCUUAAUUUCAUAAUUUUGAAAUGUAUGAAAUACCAAGAGAUAGUCAACAGGGCUGAAUUUAUCCUUUUGUAACAGCUAUGUGAACAUUUGCAAAGAACCCAAUAACAAAGCAUAUCUCAUACCUAAAAAAAAAAUUGAAGUUAAAUUUUAUGAGUUGUGGAAUAGGAUAGGUCAUUCACGGAGGUGAAAGGCAGUUGGUGAUAGAAUUUGGGACUGUGCCAACCUGACUCCUUUCUCCAGUGUUUCAGGAGGAACUGACAGACUGCCACUCUGGUGUUGACCUUGCUUCAAAUGUAGAAGUCAUCAAUGAGUGUCUUAAACAUACCAGGAGACACUAAAAUUACUCGAGGGCCUGUGUCCACGACUGACUCACAAUUCUGAGGCCACUUCAGUUAAAGCAUUGCAAGUCAUAGAUGAGACCACUAUUCCUUAAUUCAUGUUUCUCUAGAAGGAAAGCCUUCAGAUGCAAUACAAUACUUUGUUUCAGAUGUUCCUGCUUAAGGUCUACACUGUUGUUUCUCCACCAACAUGCUGGGACUUGAUGUUAGAUCCUUGGGGCUUAGCGUCUCCUUACACUAGGUGGGUUCUUGGACACUGAAGAAAUGAAAUGAAUCACACUAGAUUCCAAUAGUCUUUUAUGGGGACAAAAUAGUCCAGACAACUAAGACAAUCAGCAAAGAAAAGGGAGAGGUUUUGAAGAACUUCCUCUAGGAGCACAACAGAAGAACUGAGUAUAAUGCCAACAGUUAUGGAAUAAUUAAGAGGUGAACUCCAUGAAAAGGAAAGUUGUUCACUUGAAAGACCGGGAAGCAAAAGCAGACACAAAACGACAAGGUGAACAGUUUCCUUUCCAAUGGGCUAAGUGCACAGAUAAACAUCCAAAUAACAUUCCUGGGGAUUAUGAUUUUAAUACAAUUAGACAUUCAUGCUGUGGUGGUAACCAUGUUCACAUUUGUAGAACCACUUCUCUGUGUCUCUUUACAAAGGCACAAUCAAGUAGGACAAGCAUUUACAACAACAAAUUUAACAUAUACAGUUUUAAACAAAUGUGGAAUUUGUAGUAUUAUACAGAAAUACCUGUGUGUGGAUUAACAGUCAUUUCUACUCCAAAGUAUCUGUUCUACUCAACACUACCUCCAGAGGCAGUAACAGUUCUAGGUGUCCCUUGGAGCAACAUCACUUUAACUUCUAACAACUGAAAAUUCACAUGAGUGGAAAGGUGAAGAACUAACUCGGACUUUUAAAAUGAAUUCUUAAAAUACCCUUUUCACUUCAGUUAAUGCUGUGAAAACUAAAGCCUUCCCUUAGUAUGACCAUUCAGGAAUUCAGCUAUUUUACAUUAUGUGAUACAUUUGACUAUUAUUAAACAAAUUUAAUGUAGCCACCCAAUCACAGUGCUUAAAGUUAAGGAAAUUCGCAAUAAUGUAAUUUUGGAAGAAACCAAGUAAACACUUUGCGUAUGUUAAGAUACUAAUCUUUAGUAUACAUUUUCUUUUCAAUCCCAAAGUAGCAUGUUAUUCACUGUUUGGUUAUUCCAUGACCUAUAAUGCUUUAUUUAUUUAUUUGUAAGAAGUGCUACUUUUUAUAACCAUGCAGCUUUGUUCCAAUAUUGUUUGAAAUGCGUUAGAUUUUGCUGCUUCAAAAUGCAUUUAUCUAGUAAAGAAAAAUGGGCAGAAGGAAACUUCACCCAAAUUAUGUAGCAGUGUUAAGCAAAUUCAGUUUCUGGGCCAAAAUUUAAAUUAUUUGUGUCUUCAAACUUUCCUUUGUAACCUUUCUUAUCUCAAUGUAAUUUUACAUUUGGCCAAAGAAAGCUAUUUUCUCUUGGCAGACAAAACCAUGCUUCUGAAGAAACGCUGAUUUAGGUCCGUGGAAUCUGUCUCCUGUUGAGAGCACACUAACAGAUAAUUAAAACCUGUCAAUUACA